CGAAUAUCUAUUUCGCAUCGGGUUCGGGGUUCUUAAAGUCUGUCGUUUGGUUGUUUGUUGGUGAUCAUGAUGGCAUGACGAAUUGCAAGGAUUUUCUCCACUUCUAGGUCAUUCUGUGAGUCUGCACACAUAUAAUUCAAGAAUACUUUGAAAAUAUCAAUAUGGCUUCUGAAGUUGAUGAUGAUCAGAUUUGUGAAAUGGAGUCUGAAAAUGAAGAUUCAAGAGAAAGUUAUAGUACUGAUACACGCUGUAGUUCUCCAUACAGAAAUGAUGACGAGUCAGAAGACUCCAAGGAUAGUGACUUCAUUCCAGAAAAAGAAAAGCCAUUUAUAUGCUCACUUUGUGACAAAACAUUCAGUUUAUCCUACAGUCUAAAGAAUCACUUGAGGGUCCAUACCGGUGAAAAACAUCCUAACCUUCACAAAUGUCAUCUUUGUCCAAAGGAGUAUGUUAAAACCUCAACCCUGCGAACUCAUUUCCGAAGGCAUCAUGCGGACUCUGAAGACAAACCUUUUAAGUGCCUUGUCUGUGGAGAGUCAUUUUCUCGCCUGGUUGAGCACAAUCAUCAUUUAAAAAAACACAAGGAUUUCAAGCCAUUUAAAUGUAACAUAUGUGGAAAAGGAUUCACUCGAGAAAUGGGUCUUAAUCUGCAUGUUUUAAAUCACACAGUAAGCAGGCCUUGGAGUUGUGAGAAUUGUAGCAAGACCUUUACGAACAAAUUGCAUCUACAACAGCACCAGAAAUCAAACUGUUUGAAAGUUUAUAACUGUGAUAUAUGUAAGAGAGUUUUGUCUUCAAAACAAUCAUUAACUCUUCAUAAAUUAACUCACAGUGGAGUAAAAAACUUUCAAUGUGAAGUGUGCAUGAAGAAAUUUAGGGCAAGGGAUUCACUUAAUAGACACAGUAGGAUACACACAGGAGAUAAGCCAUAUGAAUGCCAAGAGUGUGGAAUGAGAUUUAUACGCAAGCGUAAUUUGGAUGAGCAUAUGUCUACACAUACUGGCAACAAGCUGCAUCUUUGUGAAGUCUGUGGGAAGGAAUUUAAUUCCAGCACAUACUUUACGGCACACAAGAGAAUACACAGUGGCGAACGCCCAUAUGUAUGUGAUACAUGUGGCAAAACAUUUCUGCAAAGUGCGCAUUUGAAAAGGCAUGAACAGAUUCACACGGGGGUUAAACCAUAUGUGUGCCAGGACUGCGGCAAGGCAUUUAAUCAGCUUGCUAAUUUAAAAGUGCAUGAAAAGACUCACUUAUCUAAUGAACAUAAAAACUCAAGGGGUCGUAAAAAAUCUCAUUUGUAAUAAAUACAUGAUCAUGUAAAUAAUGGUCGUGUACACUGAUGUACACGAUUAAAAGAUUUCAUGUAUGCAAAUUAAAUUAUUUUCAU